GUGAGUAGGUAUAAAAAGAGUGGUUUAGCGGCUGUUGAUAGAGCUAAAAGUCAAGUUCCUCGAGAAAGAAGAGUUGAGGUUUAAGAAGAAACAGGGAAACCACACGAAUUUACUCGUUUUAUGGAUCAAGUCCAAUAUCCUGCUGAAGACGAUGUCGUUCAACCACCACCAAUUGAUGUACAACCUGCACCUUUGCCGCCGCCGCCAGCUCAAGCAGAUCCCGCGGUUGUGCCUCCAGUCCAAGCGCCGCCACCACAUAACGAUGAUCUAGAGAGCCUCCGCAAGAAGUACGAUGAAUUAAAACACACCAUGGAUGGACUAACAGAGACAUCUGUUCAGGCAACUUUGACACGUCUCAUUCGUUUAGCUUCUCGCCCGCUCACACAAUUCAACAAACACGAGGCUCUCGAAUUAGUCGAAUCAAUAAAACAUGCUGCUCAUGAUACGAAACACGAAAAAAGCACAUUGCUUCGCUCUGGUCUACGAAACUCUGCGUGGUAA